UCUGAUUAGAAGGUUUCUCUCUUAGCAACAACUGCCUGCCUGUCUACCGCGUGUCUUGGGCAUGCCAUAAACGCGACUUUCUCAUCAAACGGUGCAUUUAAACCGUCCGUUGCUUCUAAGGACCGUGUGGGCGUAGCGUGGUUGGCUGGAGGCGCAAGAUGGAGGUCAACAGAGUGCCUGGCUUUAUCUCAAUCCCCUGUGGAUCCUCGUCGAUCUUCGUUCACCAGUUUAGAGACGCCCAAAAGCAUGACGUAUAGUGACCGCCAAACUUCAAGUAGAGCAAAUAACCAUAUAAUUGCACCGUAAGCGCUUAACCGUCUGAUUUGUGUGCUUAGUGUCUUUAAAUAAAGGCCUCGUUGUGAGAUGUCACCUCAGCUCACUUCAUCAUGUCUCCAAGGGGCCAGACUGCGUCGCACCGGGCCACCGCACGCUAGCACCUAUAUGUUCAUGCUAGUUUUUUUAUCCUCUAGGACUGAAAGUUUUGGUGCCCGGCGGUCUAUGGUUGUCAAGUGUAUUUUUGUAGUGCGAUCCCGUCGACUCCCGUUUAUUACCGUGAACCCCGAGUCCCCCGACCGACGAUGUCGCUUCGAGUCCUCUUACGCACAAUCAUCAAUCAGCGCGCUGAUGCUGUGCCUAUACUUUAAGUUGUUUUCACUUUUUUUUUUUGAUCUCACUUACGCAACAUUUACGUUUUGUUGCGCAACCUUGGCUCAAUCAAUUGCUUGUCGAUCAAUCAACCCUACGUCAAGCGAUGUCAACGUCAAGGCAUACAUAAAUACUUUCGUCAUCUUACGCCUCCCCGCGCUCUUUGUCUCGUGAUCCUCUCACCUGCCUCAGCCUAUCUCAAAGUUUUGUCUGCUAU